GUCUCAGUUUAAGAACCUAAGAGGGUAGAGGAGAAGUUUUCCUUUCCCUACAAGGACACAAUUGGAGACACAGGUUAUUUUACCAAGGUUUUGACUGGAAUGGCAUGCUUUCAGAUAUAGAUGCCUUUAAGGAUUCAAAGUUGACUUAUAGAGCCAAUGAAAACCCCUUGGGAAAGAUGGCCCCAUACCUUGUCUACACAGUCCCUGUACAGGUUCCUUACCUGUUGAAACCGCCUUUGCAAAAGUUAUAUCAGUGAGAAAAGUAUAACAGUAAGCUAAGCUAACACAAUCCCCACCUUGCCUUUCCCUUAAUUGUUCCUGGGCUAUUGGGCCAAGCUAUCUUUGGAAGACAUUUAGGCUAUAGUUAAAUGAUAAUAGGCCUUGCCCCAAACUCAACUGCUUUUGUAAAGCUAAUGAGAUGCCGUCAGGCUGGGAGAAGGAGAGGAGGCUAAAUCCUGCUAAGGUGUAGACAUAAACGAUUGUCAGCCAUUAUUCUGGAGGUUAUAAGAUAUGCUACUUCCCCAAUUACUGCUGCAAAUAACACCAUUAUUGUAGAUUGGCCUUUUGAGAUAUGUUUCCAGACUUUUUUGCAUGUCUGAUACCCAUGGCUCCACCUGGACCAACAACCCCACUCCUGUGGCUGCACCCAGAAGCGAUUUGGCCUGCAGGAGGACAGCUUCAACCCCUUGUGAUUUCAUCUCCACCCCAACCAAUCAGCAGCAAGUACCUGCUACCUGGCCACCCCCACCCCUUCCCCAAAACUGCCUUUGAAAAACCUCUAACCUUACCAGCUUUGAAUGAGAUGAUUUGAGUAGAAAUUUCAUCUCCCAUGUGGUGUGGCUGGCCUUGUGUCUGUUAAACUCUUUUUCCACUACAGUGUCGUGGUCUUUCUUUAUGCAGUGGGCAGGAAGAACCUCUCAGGCAAUUAUACUGUGAUUAAGCUGUGCUUUCUUAAAGCUUUGUGAACAACUUAAACUUUAGAAGAAAAUAAUGGCAGCCUAUUUACGUAGCUAAACCACUUUCAUACCUGCCUACUGAUGUAUGGACUUCAGAGUAACAUGACCUAUAUGAAUUUUCCAGGAUUGUUCUUCAUUGUUUGUUUGUUUGUUGUUGUUUUUGUUCCUCCCUCCGCCUAUUUUCUCUUUGUAGAAUGUGUGACUUUACAAUCUGCUAAAAAUGAGCUUUCCUAAUAAUGUGGGACCUACCCGUCUAGGAAUAAACCAUCCUAGCCAUGAGAGAUCAGACAAAACCUCAGACCAAAGACUCAUUUUCCUCUAAAAUGCUUUCUUUGAAAGCUUUUUAAAAAGAAAAGUGGGGAAAUGCAAAAGGAAAAUAAACCUCAGUUCCCCCAAAUCACUAAGCCAAAGGGAAAAGUCAAACUGGGUACUGUGGGCAUACUUGCCUCCCACUCUAUUCCUAAAUAAGAUAGCUACAAAGAUUAAAAAAAAAAAAAAAGCUACAUACCUCCGUCACAAUUUGCCCACAGGAAAAUUCGUUGUGGAUAAAAAGCAGAACUCAAAGUCAUCCCUCUGUUAACAUGAUACAAAUGCAUAUCUGAUUGCUUCCUUGCUCCAUUAUUUCACUAAGCUAGACUAAGGCAUAAGUGGCUGUUCCUGUAAAUUGUGUAUUCAGUGAAAGGCUGAUCAGAAACUAAAAAUAAUGCAACUGUUUGUGUCUUAUCUACCUAUGACCUGGAAGCCCUCUCCCUGCUUUGACUUGUCCCACUUUUCUGGACUGAACCAAUGUACGUCUUACAUAUAUUGAUGGAUGUCUCAUGUCUCCCUAAAAUGUAUAAAACCAAGCUGUGUCCCGACCACCUUAGGCACAUUACUUCAGGACCUCCUGAGGCUGUGUCAUAGGCACAUCUUAACCUUGGCAAAAUAAACUUUCUAAAUUGAUUGAGACCUGUCUCAGAUACUUUUUGGUUUACAAAAGCCUUGUGACAAUACUCUUGAGAAAAGACAGCUUCUAGCAGCAGAGACAGAUACCUCCAAAAUGGCCACACGAUCUCCUGUCUCAAGAAGACCUUUAAGCUUACCAAAUCCACGUGCUAACUCCAUCAAAACUGACCAAGGUGUAAAGGAGAAGAUGGUGACCUUUGGAGAGCCUGAGGGGACUGUCUCAAAGGGCCCUUGUAUAAGAGGGGACAGACUGGGGUUGGAGCUCCUGCCUGUGUCAAAAAGAAGGCCUGGAAGCAAGAGGAUGAAGACAUGUGUUCAACUUUGCCUUGGGAUCUGCCUCCACAGGUCACUGGUCUUCUGGUCUGGACUUGAUCCUUCCCCCAGAUCACCAUGGCCAUGGCCAAGGCCAGAAACCCCCGGGAGGCAUUGCUCUGGGCCUUGAGUGACCUUGAGGAGAACGAUUUCAAGAAGUUAAAGUUCUACUUACGGGAUAUGACCCUGUCUGAGGGCCAGCCCCCACUGGCCAGAGGGGAGUUGGAGGGCCUGAUUCCGGUGGACCUGGCAGAAUUACUGAUUUCAAAGUAUGGAGAAAAGGAGGCUGUGAAAGUUGUCCUCAAGGGCUUGAAGGUCAUGAACCUGUUGGAACUUGUGGACCAGCUCAGCCACAUUUGUCUGCAUGAUUACAGAGAAGUAUACCGAGAGCAUGUGCGCUGCCUAGAGGAAUGGCAGGAAGCAGGAGUCAAUGGCAGAUACAACCAGGUGCUCCUGGUGGCCAAGCCCAGCUCAGAGAGCCCAGAAUCACUUGCCUGCCCCAUCCCAGAGCAGGAGCUGGACUCUGUCACGGUGGAGGCUCUAUUUGAUUCAGGGGAAAAGCCCUCCCUGGCCCCAUCCUUAGUUGUGCUACAGGGGUCGGCUGGCACUGGAAAGACAACUCUCGCCAGAAAAAUGGUGUUGGACUGGGCCACCGGUACUCUGUACCCAGGCCGGUUUGAUUAUGUCUUUUAUGUAAGCUGCAAAGAAGUGGUCCUGCUGCUGGAGAGCAAACUGGAGCAGCUCCUUUUCUGGUGCUGCGGGGACAAUCAAGCCCCUGUCACAGAGAUUCUGAGGCAGCCAGAGCGGCUCCUGUUCAUCCUGGAUGGCUUUGAUGAGCUGCAGAGGCCCUUUGAAGAAAAGUUGAAGAAGAGGGGUUUGAGUCCCAAGGAGAGCCUGCUGCACCUUCUAAUUAGGAGACAUACACUCCCCACAUGCUCCCUUCUCAUCACCACCCGGCCCCUGGCUUUGAGGAAUCUGGAGCCCUUGCUGAAACAAGCACGCCAUGUCCAUAUCCUAGGCUUCUCUGAGGAGGAGAGGGCGAGGUACUUCAGCUCCUAUUUCACGGAUGAGAAGCAAGCUGACCGUGCCUUCGACAUUGUACAGAAAAAUGACAUUCUCUACAAAGCGUGUCAGGUUCCAGGCAUUUGCUGGGUGGUCUGCUCCUGGCUGCAGGGGCAGAUGGAGAGAGGCAAAGUUGUCUUAGAGACACCUAGAAACAGCACUGACAUCUUCAUGGCUUACGUCUCCACCUUCCUGCCGCCCGAUGAUGAUGGGGGCUGCUCCGAGCUUUCCCGGCACAGGGUCCUGAGGAGUCUGUGCUCCCUAGCAGCUGAAGGGAUUCAGCACCAGAGGUUCCUAUUUGAAGAAGCUGAGCUCAGGAAACAUCAUUUAGAUGGCCCCAGGCUUGCCGCUUUCCUGAGUAGUAACGACUACCAAUUGGGACUUGCCAUCAAGAAGUUCUACAGCUUCCGCCACGUCAGCUUCCAGGACUUUUUUCAUGCCAUGUCUUACCUGGUGAAAGAGGACCAAAGCCGGCUGGGGAAGGAGUCCCGCAGAGAAGUGCAAAGGCUGCUGGAGGUAAAGGAGCAGGAAGGGAAUGAUGAGAUGACCCUCACUAUGCAGUUUUUAUUGGACAUCUUGAAAAAAGACAGCUUCUCGAACUUGGAGCUCAAGUUCUGCUUCAGAAUUUCUCCCUGUUUAGCGCAGGAUCUGAAGCAUUUUAAAGAACAGAUGGAAUCUAUGAAGCACAACAGGACCUGGGAUUUGGAAUUCUCCCUGUAUGAAGCUAAAAUAAAGAAUCUGGUAAAAGGUAUUCAGAUGAACAAUGUAUCAUUCAAGAUAAAACAUUCAAAUGAAAAGAAAUCACAGAGCCAGAAUUUAUUUUCUGUCAAAAGCAGCUUGAGUCAUGGACCUAAGGAGGAGCAAAAAUGUCCUUCUGUCCAUGGACAGAAGGAGGGCAAAGAUAAUAUAGCAGGAAAACCAAAGGAAGCUUCUACUGGAAAAGGCAGAGGGACAGAGGAAACAGAUGAGGAAGUUAGGUGCAGUGGGAUGGGAAGCAGGGAAAUGGGGGCAAUCAUGCUGAAGGGUUGGAGGAAUGAAGGGGUGACGGGACGGACAGGAAGAUGGGGAAAGACAGACAAAGUUAAAAAGGAUGGAGAGAGGAGAAUCAAGACCAAUGGGUACAAGAAAGAGUGAAGGACAAAAGAAUGAAUAGAAAAGAGAAUUCGAUUAGAGAGGAUCAGAAGAUAUAAACAUAGGACCUGGGCAAAUGUGCAGUGAGUCCUUAGGAACAGCCCCAUGCACCACCAAGGUCUCUAGUACCAUCCCCAGAGGCUGUUUAUAACUCCCUACAGUAUAGAGUACAGUUUCCAUAGCUCCUCUUAUAUGUUAAUGACCAAGCAUUUGAUUCUGACAUUUGACUCUUUCCUAUACAAUAUUCUAUUUCCUGCUUAUUUCAGAGAGGGCUUCUGGAAACAUUUCCAGGAAUUGUUUUCACAGCCUAAAGCUAUAGGGAUACAGACAUGUAAGAAAGGCAAGGAUUAUACAUUUCGAAUUCAUCAUGCUGUGUCCAGACCUGUGCAAAAACCUGGCAUAGAGUAGCGUGUAGUAAAGGUUUAUUGAAUGUGUGUCUAGGGACCUCUUUGUCCUCAAUCUGAAAUCAAGAUAAGUUUAUAUAAUUAAAGAUUUUGAUACAAGGAUGUUGGCAAUUGGGAGAAGGAAAGGAUAAAUUUGGAGUUACAUACCAAGGCUCCACCAGAUGAAAAUAGUGCCUGACUGUGGAUUUCAUGGGCAACAAAAGCAAAUGUAACACAAGAACUUAUAUUGGUGUUAUAAGCAUGUCAAAAUUAUUCAAGAGAUAAUAUAACAGUUUUAUGGGCUAUAAAUAAUAAACAUAAAUUACUUAUAGUCAUUAUUGCUAGUUGAAUAUGCAUAAAAUAUCAUUGAUGUGAGAAUCAGUGUGUUUUACUGGAAAGAUCAGGAACACUGGUUCUAAUAAACCUGGUUCUAAAUAUUGGAUCUAAAUACUGGAUCUGCCGUUUUCUAGCUAUAUACCUUUGCUCAAUUACUUAUAUUUUCCAAGAGUCAGUUUAAAACAAUUUAUAAAAUAAGAAUUGUAACAUUUAUAAUUUGGGAAAUAUAAGGUUUAGACCUACUACUGCUACUGCUACUAGAGUAGCAGAAACCAUGACAAUAAUGAAAGCUAACACAUUUUAGAGCUCUUGUUGUGUGCCAGGUUUUGGGCACGCACUUACAUACACAUACAGUUUAGUUUUCUCCCAUUUUAAAAAUGUACAUAAAUGUUCUAUUGUGUCUUGGCCUCUUCCCCUCAACAUCUAGUUUUUAUAUGUUACACAUAAUGUUUCCAUAAUCAUUUUGAAUGUCUUUUUCUGCACAUAUAUAUUCAUUUGUCGGAUAUACCUAAAACUGGAAUUUCCAGGUCAGAGGAUAUGUAUGUCUUUGGCUAUAGAAGAUAAAAGUGAACAAUUUUUCAAAGUGGUUGUAUUAAUCUUCUUUAAUAAAUAGUGUGUAAGAGUUA